CCCGGGGCCGGGUGGUGAAUGGGCUGGUGGUGCUCGCUGCUGCUGCUGAGAGGAGGAGGAGGAGGAUGAAGAGUUGGGCUUGUUUGUCUCCCACAGUUUCUCUCCUGCUGCUCUGAUUCCCCCCCACCCCUAUUCCGGCCCGGGGCCUGUGUGUGUCUCUCCUGGAGGAGGAGGAGGAUCCAGUUCCUCCCCCCACCCCCUCCUCCCCACCCCCCCCUUGCCUGGGGAAGAGGAGGAAAGAAACAGCCCAGAGAGAGAGAGAGAGAGAGAGAGAGGGAGAGAGAGAGUGAGUGAGAGAGAGAGGGAGAGGAGAGGAGGAGGAGGAGGAGGGAGAAGGGAACAACCUACCAUCUUAACACACUAAUAUCUAAAAAGUGCGAGAGGCCCAGAGCAGCAGCAGAAGCAGCAGCAGCAGCUCCAGCUUCUUCCCUCCCUCCCCAUGAAGAAGAGUUCCCUCCUCCUCCUCCUCCUGCUUCUCCUGCUCAGAGUUCCUGCCUCCAGCUGCCAGGGGGGACAACCAGCCAGCAGCAGGAGGGGAGCAAGAGAGCUGAAGGACAGCCAGUUUCCCCAAAAUUGGACUUCUCAGAACCUUUAAUAUGCUAAUGUGCAUUGUGAAUCUCCAAGAGGGGGAUAUGAUAUGCAGCAUUCUUGAAUACUUCUAAUGACAGGGAGCCCACUACCUCAUAAGCUGCAGUGAGAAGAGGAGUUUGUUAUUUUAAACGGAGGCUGAAGAAACUGUAGACUUAGCAGACAUAAGAGAAAGUGGAGAAGGUGGAGGAUGGAGUUGCAGACUCUACAGGAGGCUCUUAAAGUGGAAAUUCAGGUUCACCAGAAACUGGUUGCUCAAAUGAAGCAGGAUCCACAGAUAUUUUUUCUUUCCAAUCAGAAUGCUGAUUUAAAGAAACAGCUUCAUGAACUCCAAGCCAAAAUCACAGCUUUGAGUGAGAAACAGAAAAGAGUAGUUGAACAGCUACGGAAGAACCUGAUAGUAAAGCAAGAACAACCAGACAAGUUCCAAAUACAGCCAUUGCCACAAUCGGAAAACAAACUACAAACAGCACAGCAGCAACCACUGCAGCAGCUACAGCAACAACAGCAGUACCACCACCACCACGCCCAGUCAGCUGCACCCUCUCCCAACCUGACCGCUUCACAGAAGACUGUAACUACAGCUUCUAUGAUUACCACAAAGACACUACCUCUCGUCUUGAAAGCAGCAACUGCGACCAUGCCUGCCUCUGUUGUGGGCCAGAGACCUACCAUUGCUAUGGUGACCGCCAUCAACAGUCAGAAGGCUGUGCUCAGCACUGAUGUGCAGACCACACCGGUCAACCUCCAGACGUCUAGUAAGGUCACUGGGCCUGGGGCAGAGGCUGUCCAAAUUGUGGCAAAAAACACAGUCACUCUGCAGGUUCAGGCAACACCUCCUCAGCCCAUCAAAGUACCACAGUUUAUCCCCCCUCCUCGACUCACUCCACGUCCAAACUUUCUUCCACAGGUUCGACCCAAGCCUGUGGCCCAGAAUAACAUUCCUAUUGCCCCAGCACCUCCUCCCAUGCUUGCAGCUCCUCAACUUAUCCAGAGGCCUGUCAUGCUGACCAAGUUCACCCCCACGACCCUUCCUACCUCCCAGAAUUCCAUCCAUCCCGUCCGUGUCGUCAAUGGGCAGACUGCAACCAUAGCCAAAACGUUCCCUAUGGCCCAGCUCACCAGCAUUGUGAUAGCUACUCCAGGGACCAGACUCGCUGGACCUCAGACUGUACAGCUUAGCAAGCCAAGCCUUGAAAAACAGACAAUUAAAUCCCACACGGAAACAGAUGAGAAACAAACAGAGAGCCGUACCAUCACUCCACCUGCUGCACCCAAACCAAAACGGGAGGAGAACCCUCAGAAACUUGCCUUCAUGGUGUCUCUAGGAUUGGUAACACAUGACCAUCUAGAAGAAAUCCAAAGCAAGAGGCAAGAGCGAAAAAGAAGAACAACAGCCAAUCCAGUAUACAGUGGAGCAGUCUUUGAGCCAGAGUUACCUUUCCUUCUUCAAUCCUCAAAGCGUAAGAAGAGUGCAGUCACAUACCUGAACAGUACAAUGCAUCCUGGGACCCGGAAGAGAGCCAAUGAGGAACACUGGCCAAAGGUAUGUAAGAUCAUUUUUCCCCCUUUCUUUCCCUCCCCCUUUUUCCCUUUUGUUCCCUUCUCUUGGUAUAUAGGUCGUCCUCCAAAAUACAAUGCAGUGCUGGGGUUUGGAGCCCUUACCCCAACAUCCCCCCCAUCCAGUCAUCCUGACUCCCCUGAAAAUGAAAAGACAGAGACCACAUUCACUUUCCCUGCACCUGUUCAGCCUGUGUCCCUGCCCAGCCCCACCUCCACAGACGGUGAUAUCCAUGAGGAUUUUUGCAGCGUUUGCAGAAAAAGUGGCCAGUUGCUUAUGUGUGACACGUGUUCCCGUGUGUAUCAUCUGGACUGCUUAGACCCUCCUCUGAAAACGAUUCCCAAGGGCAUGUGGAUCUGUCCCAGAUGUCAGGACCAGAUGCUGAAGAAGGAAGAAGCAAUUCCAUGGCCCGGAACUUUAGCAAUUGUUCAUUCCUAUAUCGCCUACAAAGCAGCAAAAGAAGAAGAGAAACAGAAAUUACUUAAAUGGAGUUCAGACUUAAAACAAGAGCGAGAACAACUAGAGCAGAAGGUGAAACAGCUCAGCAAUUCUAUAAGUAAAUGCAUGGAAAUGAAGAACACCAUCCUGGCCCGGCAGAAGGAGAUGCACAGCUCCCUGGAGAAGGUAAAACAGCUGAUCCGCCUCAUCCACGGCAUCGACCUCUCCAAACCCGUAGACUCUGAGGCCACUGUGGGGGCCGUGUCCAACGGCCCGGACUGCACCCCCCCUGCCAUUGCCGCCACCUCCACGCCGGCCCACUCCCCCUCCUCCCAGAGCUGCACAGCGAACUGUACCCAGGGGGAUGAGACUAAAUAACAGAGCCCCGCGAGGAGAAGCCACGGGAUCCCGGCGGCAAGGAGAGCAAAAACACUGAAGACUCUAGAAAAGCAAAGCCGGAUUUCUUCUGGAAAGUACAGAAUUCUUUUGGUUCUUUGGUUCCAGAGAGAGAGAAGAUGCUUGUGCCAGGUGGCACCAGAGUUUGCCAAUUGAUCCUUCUUGUUCUGUGUGUACAUGCAAAGAUUGGACCAUGUUACAUGAAAUAGUGCCAGCUGGAGGUUCUUUGCCAGCAUCAUGCCAAGUGAAAUAAUAUAUUUACUCUCUCUAUUAUACACCAGUGUGUGCCUGCAGCAGCCUCCACAGCCACCAUGGGUUUGUUUCUGUUUUGUUGGGUGGGGAGCAGGGACGGGCGGAGGGAGGAGAGCAGGUUUCAGACCCUUAUUUGCGGAGCCGUUUGUUUAGGUAGAGAAGAUGAGUCCAAAGAGUGUGUGGGCUUUCCUGUUUCUAAACUUUCACUACUAUAAAACCAAAAAAAAAAAAAAAAAAAAAAGGAAAUCGAGAUUUAACCAACCCCAGUGCCCAGAGGAGGGAUGGGAGGGAAUGGGAGGGAGCCAGGGUGGGAAAAAUAUAUCAAGUAAGCAGUAUUUCCUAUCGCCUGGGGAGGGGCACGGUACAGGGAGAGGUGGACGGCAAGAACAAGGUUCUUCUCCCGCGCGCUCUGCUUCCUUCCGUGGGCGCCCCCACCGCUCCCCGCGUUCCUUCCCUGCUUUGGCAAAUUGGCGCGCAUCCCCGUGGGUGAUCCGGUUACCUUCCCUCUCCAAGAACGAGCAGAGCAGGCCCGGCCUCGGCUGGCCAUUGCCCGGGCAGGGAAGAAGGGUGUGUGUGUGUCGAGGAAGGAAAAAAGGUGGAUCAGUGAUUUUUACUUGAAAACAAGCUCCAUCCCUUUUCUAUAUUUAUAAGAAGAGAAGAUUCUGAGCGAAGCAGCACGCGACCCAGGUGUGUGUGAAUUCAAUGGAGAUGUUUCUUUCCUCUUUUUUUUAAGUUUUUGUUUUUGUUUUUGUUUUUCUUUAAGAAAAGGUUUUAUUUUGUUGUUUACUUUACUUUUUUGGUAACAAAAACUAAAAUAAGGAAUAGAAAAGCUGUUUUUCAGGCUGACAGUCAAUUAAGGGUAGUCGAGGCCGUGCAUGGUAGAAUAGGAAUCAUAGUGUCAGUGAGGUCCAGUGAGUCCGUGUGAGUCCUGUGUCAUCGUUCGGGGCACUGUUUUUAUGCAAGGGCAAAAAUCUUUGUAUCUGGGGAAAAACGACAACAACUUUUUUUUAAAUUAAAAAGGAAAAUAAAAGAUAUUGAGGUCUUCCUAGUGUUACUUAAAUUAAGAUCAAGGUAAGAAACAUUGUAAAAAAAAUUACAAAAGUGCUAUUUGUUUCCUAAAAACAGUGAUUUCUAUUAAAAAGGUGUCAGAACUGGAGAAAAUGCUGUGUAGUUAUAAUUUUUUAGCACAGAACCUGCUGAUCAUGAUGACAUUUUGCUGUGUUUGUGUCUCAAGACUGGUGGGCUAGUCUCCAUGACUUCUGUCCUCUGGACGCUGCGGCCUUGAGGGGCAGCACGAGCCCUCCCACCACUCUCCCCUCCUUGGAAAGGACUGUCCUCCCUUCUUGGAGCAGGGGUCCGGGCUUCUGUUUUCAAAGCUCAACUGGAGUGUGGACGGUAUCAGGGCCCUACCCUACCCAUUUGUCUCCUCGGAUUUUGCUAGAGCAAAAGGCUGGUGCCUAAAUAAGAUCCCUUCCUUUGGUGCUGCUUUCAGUCUUUCAGCCACCAGCAUUGUGAGUGCCUGGGGGACAACUUUGAAGGACUUGGCCAGUGACUGCUAGCCUUGGCGAGGGAGGGUGCAGGGGGCAGGCUGGCUGCAUCAGCCCUUGGUGCUUAGAAUGAACAAAGGAGCGAGAAGUCUUGAGGGUGUGUGGUGUCUCUGAGACAAAGAGCCCCAGGGUGGCCUUUGUGUCUGUCUUGCCUUUGGAGAGGUCUGAAUCUCCAGCCGAGUUCUCUGCCUGCCUGCUGGCUUCGGGUACAGGAGACGGAGUUUACUGCCCUUUGCACAUUCACAAGCUUCCUGGGUGACCUGUGGCUGGAAUCCCUGUGCUUGCCUUGGCUCGGCCGGUCUCCUUGAGAAAACCAGGGUUCUGAAAGACUUGGAUCAUGUCUGUCAUCUUGCCUCGUGGGAAGUAAAUUUGUCACGUGCGUGCUCCCGCCGGAGAUCUUGGCCCCGUCGCAUGCCUGGGCCCACAGAAGGAAGGCAGGCGCUCUGUGCCCCAGCCCUCCCGGGACCUCUUCUCUCAAGCCCGCCCCCUACUCCACAAUGGCCAGGGUCUAGGAGGGGCGGACGAGGCCAUGUUACUUUCUCCCUCACCCACUUAGGCCCAGAAAGCCCAGUUAGAAACCUGAAAGCAAAUGCAAGAGAAAGAGACGCUUCUUAGGUCAAAUAUGCCUCAUCCCUACUGGCCAUUUCAUCUUCCCGGGAGUGUUAGGGGGUGAAGGGUGGCUACACAGGCCUCAGAGUCCGACCCUGGCUGCAAAGUUGCCUGAGGGGGACAGAGGAGCUCCCUUUUCUCCUGCAGAAACCAAGGUGCUACGACUAGUCAGGGAGCUUUGGAGAUGCCCGGACUAGUUGGAGGAAUAGUUGGCGGAGGUUCAGAGCCCAGCAGCAGGCUGUGCGCCCGCUCUUAAGCUCUCGCAUUUGACUUGUCCGGGCCACACGAUACCUAUCUUUUUUUUUGAAAGAAGUUCGGAAACGAUCAUCACUAGGGGCCUUUGCUCCGAAAGGAGCCGCCUGAGAAUUGUCGGGGUGGCAGGGGGGACAGGGGUGAGGGUAGAGCCAGGAAUCGGCCAGUAUUUUGCCUGUUGUGAGUACUCACACUCUUCGCCUCGUCCGGGGUUGGGGUUUGGAUUCUUCCUAAAGUGCAGCUAGGAGCUGUUGGUGUGGAGUACAAAAUGCAACCCUGCCCCCAAACCCACAUUCUAGACUCAAAUUCCAAAACUCUACUUACUGCCAUCAAAAGGCCCCGGUCACCCCAUCUCCUUUUCCUUUAUGGUCCUGCCAAGAGAAGACCUUCUCUGUGUCCCCCAGACCUGUGGGUGCUUGUGGGCGACCUGAGACACACGGUCAUGACUGCCUCACCUGGGCUGUCUCCACUUCCCUCUUUCUCCUUCCCUCUGCCGCUCGCUCCCCACGACCGGGUUUAGCUGCUCACAAGACACAUCUCAGACCAGCUGGCUUUGCAAUCACUUCAGGGGCCAGGGAGUGGCUGGUCUGGGACCGGGAGGAGGCUGCCCUCGAGCCGUUGGCCCUGGCCGGUCCGGUGGCAUGGGCACUGCACCCCGGAGGCAGUGAGGUCAUGUUGCUGUCAUCUCCCACCUCCCAGUCUUGCCGAUGCCGCCCGCGGGGCCUUCUUUCAUGGGGCCUGCUGGGUCUUGUCUCACCUCUGCUGAGCUCAUCCAGAGUUCUGUUUCUCCCUUCCUUAUCAGGCCCUUGGGGGCAGCCGGGCUGGGGGCAGCCCCUGGUGGGGCCAUCCCUGUGUGGGGCUGCCACACGGCGGCCGCAGCCCCCAGCUGGCACCGUCCCGAGUGCCCGGUUGCCCUGCAGGGCCUGCCUGUCCCUGCUUCUUCUUGGCUCAGGCUCAACAGGCAGCAUGAACGGGCACAACUGCCGCCCCCAGGCCUCUCCCCGUAAAGGAGGGUGACUGUGUCCAGCUCACCCAGUCUGCGUGCACAGCUGCCCCCUCCAGCCAUCUCUGAUACUUCCUCUUGGGACCAGUGGAGCCCCUCUGGGCUCUCGCUCCCAAUCUCUACGCGGUUUUCUCCCUUCACUCCCUUCUGGGGUGUGGUCUUUCUUAUUUAUCCAAAGGGCUUAAUUUAGGAGACUUUUACCCCAGGGGUAAAAGGCUCUUCUGGGUAGUAGGAUGGACGGUGGGCCCAGGUGUUUUCCAGGCCCUGAGUUCUCCAGAUUCCACGGCUUCCGCUGGAUGGGGGCAACUCUGCUCUGCGUAAAUGACUGUGGGCCUCACCCCCACCCCUCAGCUGGGCACCCUUGGCAGGAAACAGGAGACCCAUUUUCACCUUGACUUACAGCCGUCCUCAGUGCCAGCUCCUCUCCAAGGGAGGGGGCGGCCCCUGAGAAGAUUCCUCUGGCCCUCUGGCAACAGUGAAGGGGAGGAAGCUGGGGGUCGCCCCCUCCAGAGAGCCAGGGUGGAACUCUUAAAAAUAGCCCUCGUAGAGGAAGGGCAGGGCUCACAAAUUCCACUUUGCUCCCCCCUCCCAGAAGCCCUUCCUCCCUGAGGACUCCGCCAUCCCCCACAGCAGUCUCUGGCCCCUGCACCUCUGUGUCGUUGGGUCCUCAGCCCAGGGUAAGCUGCAGUCAGGCAGGACAGGAUGGGCAGCCAGAGGUCAGCAAGCUCCGAGCAGAAAAGAGCCAGCCAGCCCCCAAUCCUGUCUCUUGUCCACGCCCUUUGUGAUUUCAGUCUUGGUAGAACUUGUAUUUGGAGUUUUGUGCUUCAAAGUUUUUGUUUUUGUUUGUUUCAUUUUUGUUUUGAGGGGGUGGGGGGGGAUCCAGAGC